CGGAGCCAAGGUUGCAGCAAUGUGCGACACAACCUUCGCUUUUGGCCAGCGCGGCAGCCACUUCUUUCAGUGCCCAUCACGAAGAGAGCAAACACGUCUUCCUAAGAAGCUCACACAGUUUCUUAAAUCCCCACAGCUGAAGCUGAUCCACCAUGUUGCCCUUGGCUUUGAAGACAGCUUUUUGCUCACGUGGCGCGACCAUAAAGACCAAGAUCAUAUUGAAGCGACUGGACUACCCUCAGAGCUUGUGGAUUUUCUGUACACUCGGAACGCACAGCGCCGUCUAGUCCGCGACAUCCCGAACAUACGAUGUACCCUGGGACCAUACAACUCCUCAUAUUUCGCUCAUGACAAGUCCGCUUACAUAUGGAUGAGCCUACCUGAAGGACUACUCUCUGCUUUACAGUCCCGUAUCAAGGAUGGAAACUGGAUCGACCGACCACGCUUCGUAGCACUUGGUGCUAACAACAAUUUCCUGCUUCUGACUGAAAAACAUGCUGCACUGUGGGAGUUGAAUAAUUACAGGACUGUCUCGAGGUUGUUGGAAUUUUCGCGUACACAACAAAGCGGCAUCUCUGAGAUCCACAACAUCGUCUUGCAUGCGUACCGCUUCGAGAGCUUCGUAACACAAUCGAGGAACGGCACUCUGAUCUACGAAAACCUACCGCCGCAUGAACUCUCGGGUAUACAGGCCAUGGUCUCUCCAAUCUUGCAAGAUACACAGAGUGCCGAAAGAACAAUUCGUAGAGAGGCAGGAAAGAGGGAGCUUCCGCAGAGGAAACCGAGCGGUUUACAACAGAGAGCCCAGCUGAGAAAAGAAUGGGGCGAACACAACCAGGAAUUCUCAACACAGGGGAAAGGACUAAAACUCAGUUUGAGUUUGAGUGUUAGUAUGGGAGGUAUAGCAAGACUGCUAGGAUGACCUUGCCGGGUUCCGCUCUACUCAGGAUGGAUCCACACCUGUGAUGGAACUGCCUACGCCCCAAGCAUCACCAAGCUUAUCUUGGAACCCCUACAGCCCUAGCGGGACCUGACGCUUUUCGACCCGUCAAAGGAUUCCCA